AUGAACAAUAGUGAAUAUAUAGUAAAAUUUAUCACUAAUUUACCUUAAGAAUAUUAGUUUAGUAAUAAUGAAAUAGUUGUUCAAGGAGAUAUGAAUUAAAAUGAUUUUAGUUGUUUAAUAUAAUAAUUACUAUAAGCUGAGAAUCCAGAUUAAGAAUAUAAUAAAUUAUUUGAUUUUUUAAUAAAUGGAAUAAAUUUAAGAUCUAAUUUACAUGAAUUCAUAACAUCAAAUAAAAUAGCAACUGAAAAAACAUUACAAAUAGAGUAUUUAUUUGCAAUCCCUGAACCUAAAUUAAAAUAAACAAUAAAUAUAAAUGAUUGGAUACUCACAAUAGGUACAUUGAAUAAUUAAAUAUUAACAUGUUUAUUUAAUGGAGAUAUAGUAAUAUGCAGUGAGAAGGGUAAAAUUCUAAAAAUUUACAAAACUAAAUUAGCUAAAAGUUUUACUAUUUAUGAUAACUUAAUUAUUUCAACUCAUUGGGAUUGUAGUGUUAGAAUUUAGACUAUAUUACAGAUAAAAUAGAAUUGA